AUGGUAGAUGGUGUGGAGGGUGAUUCCAUCACACUAUCCUGCAGCUACACUGGCUCUGUAAACAAUCUACAGUGGCAUCAUCAGUAUCCUAGAUGUAAACCAGAGUUUACAUAUCUGGAUAUGUCCCUUCUUGCAUGUCAGCUCAGGUUCAUACCAACAGUGUGGAUCUGGAGUGAUCCUCUGCUGAAGAGUCUGCUCGUCCUUGCUCGACUUCUUUCAUUCAACUUUUUCUCCCCGGAUGGUUUAUCUGGACAUGGUUCUACAGGACCUCCACCAGCCAAAAAAGCUAAGUAGUAACAGUAACUUUAUGCCCUCUAAUUGCAGUCGCUGUACUCAUAAAAUGCAGGAGAACAAUCGUCUUAUGGGGAGGAUAACCGAGUUGCAAUCCCAGCUUCAGACGCAAUCAUUAGGCAAGGGCAGUUUAAGUGUAGGAAAGGAUGAAACAGCAUCUGUGCCACCAGUAAGUUCAGAUAGUAGUAUUAAUCCCCCUGCACAGUCCCAACAAUUUUCGCUGGUUGAAAACUGUUUUCUGCUCCUCCCAAAACAUGGAAUUUGUAGAUAAUUGGCCCUCUUUCUGGGACUCACCCACAAACAGGACCAAGCCUUGCCUGCUGGAGGGGUACUUUCAUUUGAUCUAUCAACAUAGACAGGGCACCAACUCCUCUAGCUCCACAAUGAGAUAGGGUGCAUGCCAGGCAGCAGGCUGUUAGCCAGCCUGCCAGCAUAGUGGUGUCUGUCGCUAGCACAGUUAGUGUAGCCAGCUUAGUUUACCACAUUCAGACCGUGGCUGUGCCUCAAUCUAGAUCGGGAAAAUCUAAACAUAGCGGUGUUCGCCUUAGCAAUCUCAAUGGAAUAAAGACCUCCUUCAUCCCUGUCAUGUUUGAAAGAGACUGUGAUAAUACCUAGGACUACUUAAUGUUAGAUCCCUCACUUCCAAGGCAGUCAUAGUCAAUUAACUAAACAUCGCUUAAGCCUGAUGAAUUUACUGAGUUAAUGAGGCCUCUCCUCCUGGUUACACUAGUGACCAUAUCCCCCACACAUCUCGCAAAGGCAUUUUUGAAAGCAAAUUUCAAUUUAUAUAAAUAAAAUACCUGCUUUUUCAUCUUUGAGGUGCUAGUCAUGAAAUCUAUUCAGCCUACCCAAGCACUUUUUUAUAGCUACUGUUUACAGGCCUCCUGGGCCGUAUACAGCAUUCCUCACUGAGUUCCCUGAAUUCCUAUCGGACCUUGUAGUCAUGGCAGAUAAUAUUCACAUUUUUGGUGACUUCAAUAUUCACAUGUAGAAGUCCACAGACCCACUCCAAAAGGCUUUCGGAGCCAUCAUCGACUCAGUGGAUUUUAUCCAACAUGUCUCGGAACCUAUGCAUUGCCACAAUCAUACCCUGGAUCUAGUUUUGUCCCAUGGAAUAGAUAUUGUAGCUCUAAAUGUUUUUCCUCAUAAUUCUGGACUAUCCGACCACCAUCUUAUUACGUUUGCAAUCGCAACAAAUAAUUUGCUUAGACCCCAACCAAGGAUUAUCAAAAGCCGCGUAUUAAAUUAUCUGACAACCCAAAGAUUCCUUGAUGCCCUUCCAGACUCCCUCCACCUACCCAAGGUCGUCGGAGUAUAAAAAUCAGUUAACCACCUAACCAUGGAUCUAAACUAACCUUGCAUAAUACCGCUAAAAACAACAACACAAAAUUUCACAAGAAACUAGCUCCCUGGUGCACAGAAAAUACCUGAUCCCUGAAGCAAACUUCCAGAAAAUUGGAAAAAUGUUGGUACUCAUCCCUAGUCCACCUGGUCGUGCUGCUGACACAGUUUCUGCUGUUCUGCCUGCGGCUAUGGAACCCUGACCUGUUCAGAGCCUGGUUCUUCUCUAGAUUACUUCCUAGGUUCCUGCAUUUCUAGGGAGUUUUUCCUAGCAACUGUGCCUCUACUUCUGCAAUACUCGCUCUCUGGGCUUAUAGGCUCGGUUUCUGUAUGAGCACUUUGUGACAACUGUUGUUGUAAAAAGGGCUAUAUAAAUAAAUGUGAUUGAUUGAUUGAUUGAUUUAUACUAAUGUGCCCUGGAGUCCACUGUGACAGGAAACACAACUUCGUCAUACAAAAAGAAGCCAGACUGACACACAUGUAGGAAUGAACUUUAUCCUUAUCAAGAGUGAUAAAAUAUUACACAAUUCUUAUUAUAAGGUUUAUUUGCAGAUUGUACAUAUGGUAUAGCAUGGCAUAAUACUGUAGAUCUAUUAAAAAAUAAAUAACAAUAAUAACAACAAAAAACAAACAAACAAAUAAACAAUAUCAUUCCCUAGACAUUCCCAGAUAGAAAUGAAGUCUAAAAUUAUCUGAGGAGGAGGCCAAUAGGAACUGAAAACCCUUUACCAAAAAUCACAGAAGAAGAAUUACAUAUCCGGUUAUCAGAGGAGGGGCCUCAUAGUCAAACACUGGUAUAGGCUAGGUAUACCUGCAACCAUGAGGAUGUCUCUGUAGAGGAUCUACUCAGCUCUCUCACUGUCUUAUCUCUCAGUUGGUUUAUCUAGUCUGUGUCAGGAUGUCCCUCAUAUUACUGUUGCUCCUCUCUGUGUUUGUAGGUGAGUGCUGAAUUCUCAUCUUCAACCAAAUAACAUUUUGAAAACUAAAUGGUAGUAAUACUUAAAAGUUUAUAUAACAUGUCUUUUACGUGAUAGGGGUAUCUAAUCCAGAUAUUUUCCAUUGACCAUUCAACUUAAUUAGGAAUUAACAUUAACACAAUGACAAUACUCAUGUUGUUGCAGGUGAUAGUAUGGAGCAGGAAACAAUAAUUCCAGUGAAGCCUGAAGUCAAUGCUCUCCAAGGAACAGACAUCACUCUCUCCUGCAACUACAAGGGCAACGUUAACAAUCUCCAACGGUACUGUCAAUACCCCGGAUCUAGACCAGAAUGUCUUCUUUUGAUCCUACAGAGCAACAUGUACAGUUGAAGUCGGACGUUUACAUACACCUUAGCCAAAUACAUAUAAACUCAGUUUUUCACAAUUCCUGACAUUUAAUCCUAGUAAAAAUUCCCUGUCUUAGGUCAGUUAGGAUCACCACUUUAUUUUAAGAAUGUGAAAUGUAUUUAUUUCUUUCAUCACAUUCCUAGUGGGUCAGAAGUUUACAUACACUCAAUUAGUAUUUGGUAGCAUUGCCUUUAAAUUGUUUAACUUGGGUCAAACGUUUCGGGUAGCCUUCCACAAGCUUCGCACAAUAAGUUGGGUGAAUUUUGGCCCAUUCCUCCUGACAGAGCUGGUGUAACUGAGUCAGGUUUGUAGGCCUCCUUGCUCGCACACGAUGUUUCAGUUCUGCCCACACAUUUUCUAUAGGAUUGAGGUCAGGGCUUUGUGAUGGCCACUCCAAUACCUUGACUUUGUUGUACUUAAGCCAUUUUGCCACAACUUUGGAAGUAUGCUUGGGGUCAUUGUCUAUUUGGAAGACCAAUUUGCGACCAAGCUUUAACUUCACGACUGAUGUCUUGAGAUGUUGCUUCAAUAUAUCCACAUAAUUUUCCUUCCUCAUGAUACCAUCUUUUUUGUGAAGUGCACCAGUCCCUCCUGCAGCAAAGCACCCCCACAGCAUGAUGCUGCCACUCCCGUGCUUCACGGUUGGGAUGGUGUUCUUCGGCAUGCAAGCGUGCCCCCUUUUAUCUCCAAACAUAACGAUGGUCAUCAGACCAGAGGACAUUUCUCCAAAAAGUACGUUCUUUGUGCAGUUGCAAACCGUAGUCUGGCUUUAUUAUGGCGGUUUUGGAGCAGUGGCUUCUUCCUUGCUGAGCGACCUUUCAGGUUAUGACGAUAUAGGACUCGUUUUACUGUGGAUACUUUUGUACCUGUUUCCUCCAGCAUCUUCACAAGGUCCUUUGCUGUUGUUCUGGGAUUGAUUUGCACUUUUCGCACCAAAUAACGUUCCUCUCUAGGAGACAGAACGCGUCUCCUUCAUGAGCGGUUUGACGGCUGCGUGGGCCCAUGGUGUUUAAACUUGCGUACUAUUGUUUGUACAGAUGAACGUGGUACCUUCAGGCAUUUGAGAAUUGCUCCCAAGGUUGAACCAGACUUGUGGAAGUCUACAAUUUUUUUCUGAGGUCUUGGCUGAUUUCUUCAGAUUUUCCCAUGAUUUCAAGCAAAGAGGCACUGAGUUUGAAGGUAGACCUUGAAAUACAUCCACAGGUACACCUCCAAUUGACUCAAAUGAUGUCAAUUAGCCUAUCAGAAGCUUCUAUAGCCAUGCCAUCAUUUUCUGGAAUUUCCCAAGCUGUUUAAAGGCACAAUGAACUUAGUGUAUGUAAACUUCUGACCCACUGGAAUUGUGAUACAGUGAAUUAUAUUUGAAAUCAUCUGUCUGUAAACAAUUGUUGGAAAAAUUGCUUGUGUCAUGCACAAAGUAGAUGUCCUAACCGACUUGCCAAAACUAUAGUUUGUUAACAAGAAAUUUGUGGAGUGGUUGAAAAAUGAGUUUUAAUGACUCCAACCUAAGUGUAUGUAAACUUCCGACUUCAACUGUAUGUACAGAAUAUAUCCAUUGUAACUCCACGACACACUGGUAGACUGAAUGAAGAGAAGACCUGUGUUGUUUCAGGAACAAUUAAAUGUAUGUGUUUUAAACCAUUCUCUAUGCAGGUGUCAGUUGUGAGGACCUCACUCCACUCAAGAAAGAAGAGUAUUGUUUAGAGGGAACCCCUGUUACCCUGUCUUACAACUACUCGAGAACAGCUACUGGUGGAGGUGAAUUCUAUUGGUAUCACCAAGACACAGCACAAAGGCCAACGUUCCUCCUGUACAUCUCAUGUUCAGAGUUUAUAAAGAAAGUAGAUCUUCUGAAAACUCGAAUAUCUGUCAAACUGAAUAAAGAGAAAAAACAUUUGGAUCUGGAGAUCUCCUCUGCUGAAGUGACAGACUCUGCUCUGUACUACUGUGCUGUGAUAACCACGGUGACAGGAAAAUUCCUUCAAUUUGAUGUGUAUUCAUAUUCUGCUACAGUCAAGCCUCUUAACCACAUCAUAUACAUACAAUAUGCAUGGUUUAUAUAACAUCAUUGCUCUCAACAUUUAAAUGCGGUCAGCAAAGUGUAAGUCGACUAUAAAGGGUUUUCUUUAUAUUUACCCACAUACAGACGUUUCUGCAACUCCUGGCUGAUCUUCAGGUGAGGUACCUUCUUAUCUUACAUGUGCUACCCACUACACCUUCUGAAGGAUGGAUAAUCAGGCCCAAGUGAGCCACGUGGCUCGUCCACCUCUUCUCACUCUUCAGCCACAACCACUGAGAUGUUCUCUCUGCCUCCUGAUCAGUUAUAUGAUAGAUCUUAUUUGUCUGUGAUCCUCCUGUUAUAAAGUAUUUGACUGCCCUCCACAGUUAUGAAGUCCAGUGACAAGGUUUUUCUAUGUAUAAUAAUGAUACAAUAGUUCCAUCUAGUGUUCAACAUUCUGCCCAACAAGGUGAAACCUUGACAUUGCUUGUAUUUUCAAUGGUAAGUUACUAGUGAGAGUCAAUAAGUGUCAGUGGAGUCUCAUCAGUUUGCUUCUAUCCUUUAAGCUAGAAAUAUCUGUUUUUUUGCAAGGGCUGCUUCUCAAUCCACCGCAUCAGCCUAUGGCAGUCUUCCGCAACUGCGCUGGAAGGUGGCCGACCUACAGUAGUGUUUGUCGAACCAUGAGACAUCCUGAAAAUCGUCUUCUCUCAAAAACGUCUGUAGCGUCUGAAUGGUUUGGCCUAGAAAACUAAUUUGACCACUCUAUGGAAAGAUGAGACUCUCUCGAAUACGAUGGUGGUCUCUCGUCUGAAGUCGGUACCGUCGAUGUGCCAACUUCUGGUUGUAGCGUACGAAACGUUUGGGCUACAAACUAAUGUGACACCACAGUGGAGAAUUUAAGGGGUUAAAUAUGUGCACCCGAAAAAUAUAUAUAUAUUUCCUGAGCUUUCUUAUAUCUCCUAGAUAUAGAACAGACACUUAAAACCUUAUUCCGUAUGAUUUAUUUUUUGAAUGUCAUUUUUUGCCUUUUAUUAAUGUGUUAUUCAAUGCGUUUCUAUGGGAUUUGGUAGUAAGACCAAAUUCAAUAUUUUAUCAAAUCAUUUUGUUAUAUAUUUUUUAAUACGCAAAGGGGUCCUAAAAUACCAAAUCAAAUAGCUAAAUGAUCCAUCGGAUGACCAUUUUAAAACAAUUCAAUAUGUCAAUUUAUAAUCCCCCCCCCCAACCUCUUAGAAUGAAAUGAUGCAUGCAGCAUGCCAACACAGGUGUCGGUGUGGUAUAAUUUCUCAAAAUAAUUAGCAUAUCAAACUAAAUCCACCUGAGAAGGGCAGCAUUUCACAGGAAAUCCUUCUAGCCAUUCAAAUUAAUUGAAUAUACAAUAAGCUCCUCCCCUACUGCAGAGCCCCACAAUUUUGAGACUUCUCAGCUACAGUGUAUGGAACUUAAAGACUACAACAGUCUAUUCUUCCUCUAUACAUGAAUCAUAAUGGAAGAUUGGCUUAGGAAUACUUUACUUAUCCUGGCUGCAUGCUAUUUUGGUACAGUAUAGUGCUUCUCCUUUCUACAUUCUCAUUCUCUGAAUCUUAACCUAUUAAUUGCGAAAAAAAAAAAAAAAAAAGCUGGCUGUUGACCAGCAGAGUGGACAUGUUACUGCCCUUGAAGGAGGACUGGUAACACUCAGCUGUAACUACACUACCAGUAGUCCAUCUCCUGAUCUCUUCUGGUACAUCCAGUUAACUAGGGACUCUCCUCAGCAUGUCCUGAGAAGAGAUCAUUAUUCAGAAGGGAGCAAUAGUGAUGACUUACAUUUACAUUUUAGUCAUUUAGCAGACGCUCUUAUCCAGAGCAACUUACAGUUAGUGAGUGCAUACAUUUUUUGGGGGGCACCGGUGGAGCGGACUGCUCUGUCUCCGGAAUGGAGCCGCUUACCGGAGCUGGAUCAGGCGCCGAUGGAGCAGAUUGCUCUGGCUCCGGAGUAGAACCUCUGACCGAAGCUGGACUGGGCACUGGUGGAGCGGACUGCUCUGCCUCCGGAAUGGAGGCACUGACCGGAGCUGGAUCAGGCACCGGUGGAGCAGAUUGCUCUGGCUCCGGAGUGGAUCCGCUGACCGGAGCUGGACUGGGCACCGGUGGAGCGGAUUGCUCUGGCUCCGGAGUGGAGCAAACUUCUGGACCCAUAUCCAUCCCCAUCUCUGGAGCAGGACUAAACGCCGUGCCCAGCCUGGGCACCGAUGCAGAGGAAAAUUCCAGCCCUGUAAUAGGACUGGUUGCCGGCCCCAGACUGGGCACCGACCCGUUUAGGAGCUCCCUGCAGGGGACCGUCGCUGUAGGUCGGGUGAGUUGUGUGGUUGGAGGAGGUGUAGAAACGCCACCUCUCUCCGAUCGCUCCAAUGUACUCACCAUGCGCACCAUUGCGCUGCUGAGCGCCUGGAUCCUGCUCGCCUGCCAUUGGAUACGUUCCUCCCAAGAUUCGGACGGACCGACUGUACCUGCUGACUCCAUUUUAGGUGCGUGUUUCUGUCCUGGAAUGGGCCGUGCCGGACUGGGAACACGCACCACUGGCUUGGUGCGGGGAGCAGGCACUGGCCGUGCUGGACUGGGAACACGCGCCACUGGCUUGGUGCGAGGAGCAGGCACGGGCCGUGCCGGACUGGGAACAUGCACCACUGGCUUGGUGCGAGAAACAGGCACGGGGCGUACCGGGCUGGGAACUGGCAUUGAAUCUGUACGACUGUUCCAGUCCUUCUCUCUCCGCGCCCAAUCCUCCUCCAGUGAGGACUCCUCCGGGAGCCCCCACGAGUUAGGGAGCAGAAACUCAUCAUCGUCGUCAUCCUCCGACUCCCCAGUGUAAAACUGUUCCCAUUCCUGUUCCCAUGGUCGUAGGCAGUGGCGGCUCCUGAAAUUUUUUUCAGGAGGGGCAAUUUUUCUGAUGAUUUAGGUGACCUACACACAUUUUAAAAAAGAUAUGUCCAGCAACAACAUGAAGACAGGGGCAGCAUAUAAGUCAAUACCAGAAGCAUUUAUUGACUGAUCUGGGGAGAUGGAUUCCAGUUUCUGUGACAGAUUAUAAAUAAUCUCUGAUGCCUUUGUUAUAUUAGCUUUUGGUUGAAUGUACUGUCGUAGUAAAUAUAUAAUGUUAUAGCUUGGUCUGACUAAAAUCUUGUGCAUGACCCAUUUUGUGUUGGGCGUUUGUUUUCAAUCAAUGCUGUUCCUAUCCUAUAACAAUGGACAAAAGAGUCCUAUCUUGUCAGCCUUGUCAGCAGGUGGCCAAGGACAACACCCACGCCAUAGGUCUCUCAGUUCUUCCAACUCACGAGUUCUUGCUCUGAGGACACACACACACACACACACACAUCAUCACUGAUAACACACACACACACACACAUCAUCACUGUUAAACACACACAUCAUCACUGUUAAACACACACACACACACACACAAAAAUCCCCUCUCUUUAGGCUGAACAUUUGAAGACAGAGAACCCGACUCAGAGCCAAUGCAACAGUGGAGGGGACCUCGCCCAACUCAUCAGGACCAAUCAGAAGAUCAGAACUACUAGAUUCAACCUACAUCAUUUAUUGUAUAAAAUGUCAGCACACAAUGUUUUCGGGGCUCUCUUCAGAUAGCUCCCUAAGAGUUUGACGAACGAGUCUGUGCACGCGAUUCCAGAUAUCUUUACCUCUGAAUAAACUGCCUUUAUUAUACCAUAUCCACCCUGUCCAAAGUCUCUACUUGGUCUCAGUUCUCCAGUAAACUUGUGAUUAUCAACAGUACACAACGGUAACAAACAAUUGGGGGAACUCACGGGGCAGAUAGUAAGGUCGCAGUGACACAGAAAGCAGUUCAAUGUCGGGGCUCGGGGGUACAGAGUCGCUCUCUUACCAGGAUCGAUUUUCCCUGUGACUGUCAGAUCGAGGUCCGCUCCGACCAGGGUGAGGCCGGCCGGCUCCACUUCUCUGUCCGGGACUCUGUCAUCCAGCCAAGUCUCCCAGCUGUAUUGGAUUCCGCUGCCAGCAACGUUUUCAUUAUUUAGUCCGUUCAUAGCGGGUAUGUACACGAUCAACAAGAUCAGUCCAAAACCCACCACUGGAAAUCCAUGGUUGGCAGAAUGUUUGUAAACUAAGUGUACAAAUUAAAAACAUAAAAUAACGCCACUAAGUGUACAAAUUAAAAACAUAAAAUAACGCCACAUUGCAGGUCGCAACAGAGACGCUGCUAGCCGCUAUUUGCUUAGUUACGUUCAUGGUUACGUCACGUAUGACGAAAGCGCGUAAGUGCAAGCCCACAGACACCCAUAGAGAAUGUAUUGAAAGCUUUGAAAUUUGAAAAAAAUAGAUUUUACAUGACAGGCUAUGAGAGACUUCUGGGCAAUUUUCAACCUGACUGAAAUCGCCCAAAAACGGGCGGGGCCAUUUGAAGCACGACUUUAGCCUGAUUUGACAUUUAGUGGCAGUCAGAUCAGAUUACAACACUGAUAACUACUGUUGCCGUGAUAUAAUUGAUUAGAAAAAAAAUCCCUUCCUUUUCCCGUUUGGCAGUGCGUCGCCCAUAUCGCCCUAUUGAACAGGCCGUCCCUGGUCGUAGGGACUCCAACUGGAACCCCACCGGGUGCAGUGGUCGGGGCUCUUCUCUCUCAAUCCGCAGGUCUUGGAGGACCUCUAAAAUAGCGUCCUUCUCCUCUCUAGUCAGCCCUUUCCCGGCCUCCUGCUGCCUCGUCGUCCACCCUGUGAGCCCCCCCUCGACAUUUUCUUGGGGCUGCUUCUUGGGCUUCCUCUUCUGACGGCUUCGUUGAUGUCGCCGUUGAUCCUCUCUAACCCGGGCUUCCUCUGUCUGUUCCCAAGGACGGCGAUCCAUCCCAGCCUGGAUCUCCUCCCGUGUCCAAGAUCCCUUACCAUCCAGGAUCUCCUUCCAUGUCCAGGAUGUCUGCUCCUGGCCAUGCUGCUUGGUCCUCGUUUGGUGGGAUCUUCUGUCACGAUUGUUGAUAGACGGGUCAGACCAAGGUGCAGCGUGGUAUGCGAACAUGUUUAUUAAACUCAAUAAACAUAAAUAAAACAAGAAACAACGUAACGUGAAGUCAUCAGGCUAUACACAUACAAGCCUAAACACGGAACAAGAUCCCACAACUAAGGUAGGCAAACAGGCUACUAAAGUGUGAUCCCCAAUCAGAGACAACGAGCGACAGCUGCCUCUGAUUGGGAAUCACACCCGGCCAAACCUAGAAGUACACAUCUAGAAUCUAAACAGAAAUAAUAACAUAGAUCCUCACGCCCUGACCAAACCAACUAAAGACAACCGGCCUCUCAAGGCCAGGGCGUGACACUCCUCCACAAAAUUCACACUGCUUGGUGGUGUAGUAUGACAGUCAACCUGAAGGGGGCAACCUAACAAAGCACACAUCCCUGUAUCAGAGGACGACAUACAGACAGACACUUCCCCAUGGUCUACUACUGCAUGUAAUACAGAACAACAUGAAGCAUCAACAGUAGGACAGAGGGUGUCAAAGCUCUGUGAUAGAUAGAUCAGCAUUGUUCUGCUCCUUGUCCAUAGAAACAUACACUACCAAUGAAAAGUUGGAUCAAAGCACAAUAUGUAUUUCAAUAUACUUUAUGUACAGUAGUAGACCUGAAUUAGAUACUAUGUAGACUACACAAGUGUUUGUACCUGAAUUAUAAUAGAAUAUGUGUACGCUUUCACAAAAAAAAAGUCUGAUAAAUAAAUCAUACUCACUUCGUAAAACAUUUAAGUCAUUGUCAAUUCCUUCAGGCUGAUUUCCAUAUCAUGUGAGCUAGAUGUGUAGGCUUUACAUUUUGUCUACUGUACUGCAAAUAGUGCUAAUAUAAUACUGACGAGGUAAUAUUGACCCAUACAUUUCUUUACAAUCUUUCCUCUCUCUGAACAGGCUCCUCCUUCAUGUCUAUCAGUUGAUGGUGAUAUACAGGCUGAGAUGGACAUGGAAGAGAGAGAGAGGAUCUCUACCUCUUACUGUAACUCACAGUCACUCUCAGUGUGUUCUGCAGAACCAUGGUACUCUGUCUGAUCAUCUGGCUGGUUCUUGCUGUACUGUGCUUCGGUAUGAUGGAACUUUUUAUCUCGUUGGUUUAUCUAAUCUUUAACUAAUUUUAACUUAGUUUUUAUAAUUUCUAUAAUCUUUCAAAAUAUCACUCAGUCUUUCUUUUUCCCCCAGAGUGCACAGGAGACCAUGUUCAACAGCAACCAGGAGGUGUGAUUGCUACAGAAGGAGGACUGGUAACACUGAGUUGUCAAUAUAACACCAGUGCUAAUAAUGCAUAUCUAUAUUGGUACAAACAAGAAGCAAAUGAUUUCCCUAAACAUAUGCUGAGCCGUUAUUCUUUUGGAUCUGGAGAAAAUGCUACAGGGUUCAAGGAGAGGUUUGAUGCAAGUCUAAAUGCCAAGACACAAUCAGUCCCCUUGAUGAUCUGGAGGGUGCAGCUAUCUGACUCUGCUGUGUACUAUUGUGCUCUGAAGCCCACAGUGACAGGAAACGUGGGCACGCUGUACUAAAACUUGAAGAAAAAAAACUGACAUCUCCUAGACAUCCCUCAUUUUGAAUUUCAUCAUUACCUCUAUAGACAAACAUACAUACACAGAAAAUGAACCAUGAAAGAUUUUCAAUAAACAAUAAAAAAAUUAAAAGAUUAAAAUGUUGAAUGGAAAAGUGACAGAAACUCAUUACGUCUAUCUGAUUGUGUAGCUGAUUUAUACUUCAGAUUUUAGUUUUAAAUAGGAAAACAAAAUAAACUGUGAAUGAAUGAACACCUCAUGUUAAAUAAAUGAAUAUCUUGCAUUUCUUGUAUCAAACAAUGUUUUCCCCUAUGACAUCACUGUAGUCAGUUCAGGUCAGGUCCUUCUGCCAACUCUGUUGCAAUAAAAUCAAGAAAAUAAAUGGGUAUAAAUAACACAGUUUUGUCCAAUAUCCAAUAGAGGGAGACUAAGGUAAUCAUAUUUCAGUGCAGCCCUGCAUUUUGAGUCUGCUGUUACUUCUGCUCAUCUGAAAACUCUCUGUAUUUUGGGGUGGGGCUUCAAAGGUUUGAGAAGAGACAGUCCAUUCAAAACUAGAAGGAGGAGGAUGUUUUUUUAGAAUAAACAAAUCUUGCUGUGCUGUGUGUUAUCAUUUUAACUUCCAGUUUCAGCCACAAUGUCAAUCCCCACAUUUAUUUUGCUUUUAGUACAUGCGUGUAAGUCAUCUACUAUGAUCAGUACAUAUUUUAUGGUUUUAUGUUGAAUCUAAACUAAGUGUUGAUGCGUUGAAAAUAUAUCUAUAACAGAGUAAUAAUAGAAGAAUAACAUAUUGUGCAUCUCUUGCAGGUGACAGUAAUGGUCAGACCAUUGAGCCAACCAGAGAGGAGGAGUAUGCCCCAGCAGGUAGCAAUAUUACACUUUCAUGGACCUACUCAUCUGCAGUCUCUCUUCAAUGGUAUCUCCAGGACCCUGGAUCUGCUCCUCAGUAUAUCCUGCUUAUCCUGCAUGGUGUUGGGUCUUCAUCACGGGCUCCAGGUCUGGAUCCUCGACUGUCAGUCAAACUAAAUGAUGAGAAGAACUGUGUGGAUCUGGAGACUCUGCUAUGUACUACUGUGGACUGACACACACAAUGAAAGGAAACCAACAAACGCUGUACAAACACCUAACCUGACACAUUCUAUAGUUACAUGACAUGACCGACAGGAGAUGUUACAUCUCAUGGUUUUUCUUUUUAACAGGAAACCUAGUGGGUGGGUUUAAAAACCUAUGUAAAGAGGAGGAGCAACAUUGUAUAUGCCUAUUUAUCAUUUCAAAGUCAUAGCAGUGUUUUGGCUAUGCUGUUUUCUAAAUAACUCAUUCAUGUCUGAUCUGUAACAUAGACCAUGAUGCUACUCUGUUAUAUUCUAUUGAUUUCAGCCCUUGUAGUUGAUACUUUAGAGGGUAGCAGAGUUAAGCUCUCCAGUAACUAUGCAGUAAAAGCACAUUUUCUGAUGUUUUACAGACAGUUCGUUGGAUCAGCACCCCAAUUCCUCCUCUACACUACAGUCACCUCAAAACCAUCUGUAUUUAGAGCUCAACCUGAAGACUGUAAGGGUUGGUGUGAGGUGUGACCCAGGUGCGGUGCAGGAUAGACAGUAGGCAGUAGGCAGAGAUGGUGAAACAAGGAUCUUUCCUGGUGGUCCAGAAGCCUGUAUACAAAAUAACGGGCUUAUCACGAUAAAAGAAAGGUGGAGCAAAUAAGUCUCCAAAAACAGGCUGACAGCCAAAAUAAGAAAUACUAACUAUGAUUGAAACAACUAAAGAAACAGUGAGAACACUUCUCUAGUACCUGUACAUACGUCUUCGAUCAUACACGGAUUAGUACUGCUGGGCAUCGAAAAACUAACAGAGAAAACUGAGCAAGGGAACACAGGGAAGUGAGGGCAUAAAUACACAGGGGACACCAAUAGGAUCCUGAUUAGUCCAGACUGUGUGUGAGGAGGUGCCUUAGGUUGUCGGAGGAGGACACCUAAUGGAUCGCUCCGGAACUGCGACCCCCUACUGUAACAACUCAUCCCAAACCAUCUCAAUUGGGUUGAGGUCAGGUGAUUGUGGAGGCCAGGUCAUCUGAUGUAGCACUCCAUCACUCUCCUUCUUGGUGAAAUAGCCCUUCCACAGCCUGGAGGUGUGUUGGGUCAUUGUCCUGUUGAAAAACAAAUGAUAGUCCCACUAAGCCCAAACCAGAUGGGAUGGUGUAUCACUGCAGAAUGCUGUGGUAGCCAUGCUGGUUAAGUUUGCCUUGAAUUCUAAAUAAAUCACUGACAGUUUCACCAACAAUGCACCCCCACACCAUCAAACCUCCUCCUCCAUGCUUCACGGUGGGAACCACACAUGCGGAGAUCAUCUGUUCACCUACUCUGCAUCUCACAAAGACACGGCGGUUGGAACCAAAAAUCUCAAAUUUGGACUCCAGACCAAAGGACAGAUUUCAAGCGGUCUAAUGUCCAUUGCUCGUGUUUCUUUGCCCAAGCAAGUCUCUUCUUCUUAUUGGUGCCCUUUAGUAGUGGUUUCUUUGCAGCAAAUCGACCAUGAAGGCCUGAUUCAUGCAGUCUCCUCUGAACAGUUGAUGUUGAGAUGUGUCUGUUACUUGAACUCUGUGAAGCAUUUAUUUGGGCUGCUAUCUGAGGUGCAGUUAACUCUAAUGAACUUAUCCUCUGCAGCAGAGGUAACUCUGGGUCUUCCUUUCCUGUGGCGGUCCUCAUGAGUGCCAGUUUCAUCAUAGCGCUUGAUGGUUUUUGCGACUGCACUUGAAGAAACUUUCAAAGUUCUUGACAUUUUCCGUAUUGAUUGACCUUCACAUCUUAAAGUAUUGAUGGAACGUCGUUUCUCUUUGCUUAUUUGAGCUGUUCUUGCCAUAAUAUGGACUUUGUCUUUUACCAAAUAGGGCUAUCUUCUGUAUACCACCCCUACCUUGUCACAACACAACUGAUUGGCUCAAAUGCAUUAAGAAGGAAAGAAAUUCCACAAAUUAACUUUUAAGAAGGCACACCUGUUAAUUGAAAUGCAUUCCAGGUGACUACCUGUCAUCAAGGCAAAGGGUGGCUCUGAAGACUUCCACUGCUGAAGAGACAGACUCUGCUAUGUACUGCUGUAACAUAAACACCACAGUGACAGGAAACUCAGAAACCUGUCAAGAACCAUGGGGGGAAACAGACAUCCUGGUAUGAUAUACAUAAGUAACAUAAGGGGAGGGACUUAUGGUAAAUGAGGGGCUGAACAGCAGUAUAGAAACAUAAAAACUGGAUGAAACUUUCAGAGACUGCUUAGAUCUUUCUGUCAGUUUGUCUCUGUUCAUCUAAUAUGGUGUUGUUUUAUUCAGUCUUGUUCCUGACCAUAUUUAUUGGUAAGCAAUACAAUACAAUACACUACAUUUCAAUUCAAUUCAAUUCAAUUCAAUAAAAUGCAUUGCCGUAAUUGUACAUUGAAAUAAUUUCAAUUUCAAAUACAUUGUCAUUAACAAGUAAAUGUAUGUGUAAUAAAACAAUUAUCUAUGCAGGUGUCAGUUAUGAGGACCUCACUCCACUCAAGAAAGAAGAGUAUUGUUUAGAGGGAACCCCUGUUACCCUGUCUUACAACUACUCCAGAACAGCUACUGGUGGAGAUGAAUUAUAUUGGUAUCAUCAAGACACAGCACAAAGGCCAAAGUUCCUCCUGUACAUCUCAGGUUCAGGGUUUGUAAAGAAAGCAGAUCCUCUGAACACUCAAAUAUCUGCAAAAUUGAAUGAAGAGAAAAACCGUUUGGAUCUGGAGAUCUCCUCUGCUGAAGUGUCAGACUCUGCUCUGUACUACUGUGCUGUGAGGCCCACAGUGAAAGGAAACCUAAACACACUGUACAAAAACCUCAGCAGGGUCCAUAUCAGCAGGAAUUUAUUCGGUUUCUGUUUAAACUUGUGUCUAACCCUUACUUUUUAGACAUCAAAUCACUAAUAAAUGCUAUUAAUGUCUCAUGUAAAUAAAGUUUAUGAUUUGAAAUGUUUCAGCUGUCCUUAAUUUGAUUUAUACAUCAAAUCAAAUCAAAAUGUAUUCGUCACAUGCGCCAAAUACAACAGGUGUAGACUUUACCGUGAAAUGCUUACUUAUAAGCCCUUAACCAGCAAUGCAGUUCAAGAAAAAAUAACACAAUAAAAUAACAAUAACGAGGCUAUAUACAGGGGAUACCGGUACCUAGUCAAUGUGCGGGCAAACCUUUUGAGGAUCUGGGGACCCAUGCCAAAUCUUUUCAGUAUCCAUAUUUUGAUGCAUAUUCAUAUUCUGCUACAGUCAGGCCUUUUAACCACAUCAUAUACAUACAAUAUGCAUACAUUAUGUAACAUCAUUGUUCUCAACAUGAACCUGCUCAGUGGUUUGGUCCUCUGGUGGUAAAUCCAUUUACUUAUUUUCUGUUGCCCACUACACCUUCUGAAGGAUGGGUUGAUCAGGCCCAAGUGAGCCAGGUGGCUCGUCCACUGCUUCUCACUAUUCAGCCACAACCACUGAGAUGUUCUCUCUGCCUCCUGAUCAGUUACAGUAUAUGACAGAUCUACUUUGUCUGUACUCCUCCUAUAGACUGCCCUCCACAGUUAUGAAGUCCAGUGACAAGGUUUUUCUAUGUCUAAUAAUGAUACAAUAGUUAUAUCUAGUGUUCAACAUUCUGCCCAAUAAGGUGAAACCUUGACAUUGCUUGUAUUUUCAAGAGUCAUUUAAAAGUGAGAGUCAAUAGCUGUCAGUGGAGACUCAUCAAUUAGCUGCUAUUCCUUUAAAUGAUGCAUGCAGCAGGUCAACACUUAACAGAUGUCUGUGUUGUAUAAUGUCCCCACCAAACAAAAUAUAUAUUCAUUAUGUUUUAACCCUUAGUCACAUCUUCUGUUCUGGGGAUGCCAUUGCCCAUCAUUUGCGUUAAUGUGCACUGCGAUGACAGGAAUGAUCUCACUUUUUGCACAUCAUUUCAACCCAAAAAAUCAAUGUGAUGACGCUGAAUAAAUGUGGAAAACUGAUUGGGUUUCCAAAAAGUCAUCAACGUAAGGGCAUUUCCUCUUUUUGUUUUUACCAAACUUUUAGAACCUAAAUCCAAUGACAUGGUGACAUUUCUUGUUGGUUUCAUGUUGAAUUCACGGUUAUUUCACAACUGUAGACAUUGAACUGAUGUCUGUGAGGUUAUGAACAUUGUUGCAUCCUGUGUCAAUCAUUGGUAUCAAUCAUAAAACCAAUCAUCAGUUGACGUGACUACUGUUUUAAAUAUAUCAUUUAGUAAAGAUAACUAUUUUUGACAUUGGGCAGCAUAGCCCAUGUUUAUAUUGGACUGGUUCAUAGGCUACUGUGGUAUGUGCCUUUCUUUCUGAUUUUGUUGCAAACCCUUACUAGACAUAUGAUUUGAUUUGAUUUGUCAGAUUUAGCCUGAACAGAAAAUAUAUUUCUCCAAGGCCCAUAACAACUGCCCAAUUAUAUAAUUUGUAAAUGAUUUGGAGAAGAGGAUAACAUUCUAUAAAAAAAAAAGAUCAUGGUUCUAAAUACAGAAAAUGUCAAAAGGAAUCCCUUUGGCAGUUCAACAAAUCAAUGAAAUAUACAAAAAGCUCCUCCCCUACUGCAGAGCCCCACAAUUAUGAGACUUUUCAGCUACAGUGGAUGGAACAUAAAGUCUAUAACAGUCUAUUCUUCCUCUAUACAUUAAUCAUAAUGGAACAUUGUCUUAGGAAUACUGUACUUAUCCUGGCUGCAUGCUAUUUUGGUACGUUAUAGUGCUUCUCCUUUCUACAUUAUCAUUCUCUGAACCUUAGCCUAUUAUGUACUAUAAAACCCCACAUUUAUUUUUUUCAUAUUGCAAAGGUGAAGAGGCUGUUGACCAGCAGAGUGGACAUGUUACUGCCCUUGAAGGAGGACUGGUAACACUCAGCUGUAACUACACUACUAGCAGUUGAUGGGUUCUGACUUCUAAACUUGAAAUAUUGUUAAUCAUCAGGUAUCCUAUGGAAGUGAGAAGGGCCACAGUCUGGUUUCUACACCAGAAGUUAAUGGUUAUCUGUAGGAGGAAUGUAUAUGGUGGGGUCAAUUAAGGUUGGAUAUGAGCCAGGGACUUGGAAUGUACUGAAUAAAGGAAAGGCAAUCACAUGGUUGAAGUCACUGAUAAGGGUGGAGAGCUGUGGAUUAGUGAGGAAUGGGGGCCGAGGUCAGGUCAUGUCACAUUAAGGGAGAAGGAACCGUUUAUUACCCACAUCACUUAACUUCCUGUCUAGCAAUAAAGAUGUAAUGUUUAGAGGGAAGGAGGAGUUCUCCUAAAUUGGAAUCUAUAUAUUUGUGUUGGUGGGAAAAUGUCAGUUCAGCUGUCUGACCCUUGGGUGAAUAAACUUGGUUUGAGCUUUUAUUAAGUUGUCCGUGAGUUUUUACUCUGGUUAUUUAAAACCUAACAUAUUUUACAUUUACAUUUUAGUCAUUUAGCUGACGCUCUUAUCCAGAGCGACUUACAGUUAGUGAGUGCAAAUAUUAUUUUUAUUUUUAUUUUUUCAUACUGGCCCCCCGUGGGAAUCGAACCCACAACCCUGGCGUUGCAAACGCCAUGCUCUACCAACUGAGCUACAUCCCUGCCGGCCAUUCCCUCCCCUACACUGGACGACGCUGGGCCAAUUGUGCGCCGCCCCAUGGGUCUCCCGGUCGCGGCCGGCUACGACAGAGCCUGGUCUCUUCUGGUACAUCCAGUUAACUAGGGAAACUCCUCAGUAUGUCCUGAGAAGAGAUCAUUAUUCAGAAGGGAGUGAUAGUGAUGUGUUCAAGAAGCGGUUUGAUUCCAGGAUGAAUUUCACAUCUAGCUCUGUCCCCUUGACGAUCCAGAGGUUGCAGGUGUCUGUCUCUGCUGUGCACUACUGUGCUCUGAUGCCCACUGUGACAACAAGAUAUACAGCCCCCUUACAAAACAUACUGAGCUACACAAUGACAAUACACCUGUCUGGACAGUUUACAAUACCACUUUGAAAUUGACACAGUAACCUUCUCACUACCUUCCUGAUACUACCAAGACUAGUGGUAGCAGAUGAUGAUAGUCAUAGUGAUGAUGAUGAUGAUGAUGAUGAUGAUGAUGAUGAUGAUGACUAUGCAGUAAGUAAUUUUUGAUGCCAAUAAAGCUCCUUCUUCCUCUUCAGCUCUAAAUAUAGAUCUAAGAGACAUUAAAAUGAUAUUUCAAUUAGAAAAUAGGUGACAAAACCAAUACUCAGUAUUGUGAACAGAGUAAUGUAAAAGCCAGCAUCAACCACAAGGGGGCCAAAGUACCAAGUGAGCGUUGCUUUCUCCUCUGAAAUGACUUGUCUAUUUGAACAUCCCCUCUGUGCUGUGCUGCAUGGUCUAGGCCUGUGCUGCUACAAAUACAGGAAACAAGAGAGCACAAACUUCAUACAAUCUAACAUUUGUUUUUGCUCUUGCUCUUGCUAUGGUAUCAGAAUACAGCCAACAGUAGCUGAUGUUUGCUCUUCAGUGUAAGAUUGCCAUGCAGAAAUGUCAAUUUCUCCUUGUGGCCUCAGGUAAAUGUCUAUGAAAUAUUGAGCACCUCACUUUUAUCAUUUUAGCAUUACUAGAAUAGAAAAUGAUGCUGUUACCAUUACAUGAUAUGUUACAGUGAGACAGAAUGUAAUGUACAGUAUUAUCAUUUUGAUUUUAUUGUUCUAUUUCUGUGUACAGUGGUAAUACUGCAUUUACUGCAUUAUCUUUACAGAACUGAUUACUGGGGAUCACAUUACUCCUGUAAAGUCCAGAGUAAUCUGUACAGAAGGAGAAUCUGUGACACUGAGUUGCUCAUAUGAUACAAGCAGUGAUAAUAUUCUGCUUUAUUGGUACCAGCAGUACCCUAAACAGGCUCCUCACUUUCUAUUGGUUAAGGUGCCACAUAAAGUGCCAGUUAAUAUUCCUCUGAUAGUUGAUAUAAAUCCACAAAGUAUAGCAUCUGAACUGGUCAUAAAACAUCUAACCCUGGCAAACACUGCUCUCUACUACUGUGCUUUUGGGAAAGCACGCACAUUGCUUCCAUUUUCUUUUUUCUUGUUUGAUCCUUCUAUCUUGGCGGAAACUGUUUCCAGACCACAAUUAUAUAUUAGAUAUGUUUUUAGGCUACCAGAGUGAUUGUGGUUAUACCUGUAAAUGUCCUCUCUCCUUUCAAGAGUGAUUAGUGUCAAGCUUUCCUGCAACUACACAGUAUCUGGCGGAGGCAGUGUAUUCAGAAUCUGCUGAGACAAUAGUUACUGCAGAACCACCGUAUUCUUGA